AUGACGCCGCCGAGACCACCGUCUGGGCGAGCAAGGCCGCUGCGUGAUUAUUCCGAACCAGAGAAGAUGGAAGGUACCGGAAGUUGGGACACGCUUGAAUGGACCAAACUCGAUUCGCAGCCAGUUUCAGGGUCUGCAUCUUUCGCGAAUUUGGGUUGCUUGCUGGAAUCGGAGAGGGUCGUCGUCGAGGGUUAUGGAGUUGUCCUUAUUAACACCGAUGAGGCAGGAACCCUGUUGGUGACAAACUUCCGUAUUCUGUUCUUGAGUGAAGGUACCAGAAAAGUCAUCCCACUUGGGACAAUCCCAUUGGCAACUAUUGAGAAGUUUAACAAAAUGGUACUUAAAGUUCAAUCAAACAACCGUCACGCCGACAAGAAUCCACCAAGACGUCUUUUACAGGUCACUGGCAAAGACAUGAGGAUUAUUGUUUAUGGCUUUCGUCCUAAAACCAAGCAGAGGCGUACUGUGUUUGAUGCAUUACUGAGGUGUAGCAAGCCGGAGAGAGUAUGGGAUCUUUAUACUUUUGCAUGCGGGCCUUCCAAAUUUGGCAACGCAAACCCAAAGGAAAGAUUGCUUAAUGAAUAUUUCCGUCUUCUCGGAAAAAGUUCACUACGAGCAUCAAUGGAUAUGAUCGAAGAGGGAUCGUUCACAUUGUCGAAUGAGCGCUGGCGGAUAAGCGACUUGAACUCCAAUUAUAACUUGUGUCAGAGUUAUCCAUUUGCUUUUAUGGUUCCAAAAUCUAUAAGUGACGAAGAGCUGCUCCAGGCGUGUUCUUUCCGAGCGAAAUGUCGCUUACCUGUGAUCACGUGGUGUCAGCCAGGCAGUGGAGCUGUAAUUGCACGCUCAUCACAGCCUUUAGUGGGUCUUAUGAUGAAUAUGAGGAGUAAUUUUGAUGAGAAACUUGUUGCUGCAUUCUGCACUCAAUUAGCUGGUUCUAAGGGAGAACGAAGGAAACUUUAUAUUGCCGAUGCGAGACCGAGGAAAAAUGCAUUAGCAAAUGGAGCAAUGGGAGGCGGCUCAGAAUCAUCUUCAAAUUAUUUCCAAUCUGAAAUUGUUUUCUUUGGCAUAGACAACAUACAUGCAAUGAGGGAGAGCUUUACCCGGCUUAGAGAUUAUGUAGAUAUGCACGGUACAACAUCAUCUGAUGGGCGAUCAUCGUUCUUGAGACACGGUGGCUGGACUUGGGGAGGAGGCAAUCUUAGUAGUAUGUCUGCUUCCGUGUCUUUACUUGGAGACAGUGGUUGGUUGAUACACAUCCAGAACGUCUUAGCUGGUGCAGCAUGGAUUGCCGCACGUGUUGCAAUGGAGUCGGCAUCGGUUCUCGUGCACUGCAGUGAUGGAUGGGACAGAACAACUCAGCUGGUUUCUCUUGCAUGUUUAAUGCUUGAUCCAUACUACAGGACAUUUGCUGGGUUUCAGGCUCUUGUCGAAAAAGAUUGGCUUGCUUUUGGUCACCCGUUUUCGGAUCGUGUAGGAAUGCCUAACAUAUCAGGACCUGGAAAUUUUGACUUGCCAAGGCAGUCUUCUUCUGCUGGAAGUUUCCCUUCUUCUCCAGUGCGCCAGUCUUCAGCAUCAGCAGCCUCACAAUCUUCAAGCUCUUCCCAUGCGCAAAACAAUUAUUCACCUAUAUUUACGCAGUGGGUUGAUAGCGUUUCACAGCUAAUGCGGAUGUAUCCUUGUGCUUUUGAGUUUUCUCCGACUUUCCUUGUAGAUUUCAUGGAUUGCUUGCUUUCAUGUCGUUUUGGGAACUUCUUAUGCAACAGUGAAAAAGAGAGGCAGCAAUGUGGGAUCGCUGAAGCAUGCGGAUGCAUAUGGGCGUACCUGACUGAUCUACGUUCAUUUGCUGCAACGUCUCAUGUGCAUUGUAACCCGUUCUAUGAUCCUUUGAAAUACGACGGCCCAUUAUUACCUCCAGCAGCAUCUCUAGCCCCGACCCUUUGGCCCCAGUUCCAUCUCCGGUGGGCCUGUCCCGAGGAAGCUAAAGCUGCGGAUAUCGAGGUCCAAUGUAGAGCCAUGAGAGCGAGAUAUUCCGAAAUGCAAAAGGAUAAAGAAGCAGCGGAAAGAAGAGUGGACGAGAUAUCUUUUGCUAUGGAGUCAUUAAGUGCGGAGUUGCUAAGGGAAAGGCGUAUGAGUUGGUCCGCUAGAGAAUCUGCAAACCGAGCCACCAAGGAAUACGCAGCUUUAACCCGAGCAGUACAGUCACUUGGCUGCAACGUUAACUUCACCACGUCGGAUGCGGAAGACGACCCAAGAACGUGCUCUCUGGAGAAUAGUAAUAACCCUAGGAGGCGAGACAGACACGGGAUCAACUCGGAUGUCUCUGUAUCAAUCUCACUGAUGUCUGAAGAAAGCAGCUGUGGAAGCCCGAUGGGACGAGUUUGUGAAGCGUUGUGCCCGUUGCGGACAAGAGAAGGAGUAUGUAGAUGGCCUGAAGCCGGAUGUGCGCACCUCGGAAGUCAGUUUGUCGGGUUAAAAGCAAACUUUGAUGCGUUUGAUCGGCUUGCCAUCCACGAUAGCUACUUCCAGUCCGAAUGA